UGAGCAUAAGCACAGAUGAAAGCGACUUGAUAUUUUAUCUGAUGUUCUUGCAUUGUGUGGUGAUGGUGAUGGUGAUGGUGAUGUUGAAGUUCUUUCCUUUCUUUCCUACCGUCAAAUCAUGAUCAACAACAUAGUUAUAGUAUUCCAUCCUUCCUAAAUAAUCUAAAGGUUCACAAUUCCAAACUGAGGUUGUAUUAUUGUCCAAUCAGAUGCGGGCAUUGGAAAUUCAGAUUUGCAGGAAGCUUCCAUGAAUACUACCUACCUAAAUAUCAUCUUGAAACCUCAAAUUGAGUCCAGGCAUCAACGUGUCGCGUUCAGCAAAUCGAGGUCGGCGCUUCCUUUUCAAAGCUCAAGAACCUCACAUUUAAAGUAAGUAGCCAUCGAAUCUCCCUUCUUUUUCACCAUUUUAAGUUUUACUCGAAAUGAUCUAGAAAAUGAAUAACUCAAGAUCUCCAGUUUUCGGUACCAGCUCGGUUCCCUCCACUUCAGGAGGUUACUUUCCUUCAGCUGCAGCUACAACUACAGUAUGGAAUAAAGCUCCCGUCAUGUGCGACAAUCAAUCUGAGCCAGCCGGUCCGUCUUCUCUUCCUGCGUCAAAGAGUGUACAACUACAUCCUCUCUCGGUUUCUUCAAGCAAAAUAUGUGAUUUCAGCACAACUUCAACUGUAGUAUCAUCAGCAAUGAAUACUUCGACGCCGCUUUCUUCUGCUCAAUCGGUUCCUCCUACACCUAGUAUCUCCAGCGAAACGGGCGACCCGAAUACAAAUGCUACGUCGGCGAGGUUAAACAUCUUUGGUUCUAGUUCAUCUACUACAAGUUUCAACCAUUUAAAAUCCAGCUCGGUCAAGGUUGCUGCUGGCAAUCCGGCAGUCCAAACUUUAGGGAACCUAUUUACCAAUGGUACGUUAAUUUAACCAUCAAGAGAAUUUCAAACUUGAAACCAGUUCCUCCAUUUCGGAUAUUGACUUUAUCUUAGCAUCACACAAAUCAAUUGAUGCGCCACCCCAGAAACGCGUCAAGACCGCACAUAACAUCGCUGCUCAACUUCCCGCCAAUGAAUUCACAAAUAAACUCGAUUUGUUUCGCGGCCCCGAAGUUCUUGUUACUGCAGGUACUUCAUUGGUGGUUAAAAGUUACCGAAUACCCAGAGCAUUACUCGUUCAAGCAUCGCAAUACUUCGAAACCGCCAUCAAAGUUGAAAGUAUUGGUCAAGUUUCACAGGAGAUGCUCCAGAUGGAUUGCUCAACCUUAGCCUUCGAUUUCGUUGUGCAGUUCCUCUAUACUGGUACUUUUGUGUGCCCGAGUUUCAUGGCAGAAUCUGGAUCAGAGCAAAUAGUAAGUCUCCAUGAGAUCUUUUUAAUGUUCAAAUGUAUUUGCAUGAUUCAGGUUGUUGAGAACAUCAUAUAAGAAGGAAUAUUGGAAUGGGAUGAGUUCUCCAACAUGCUGAAGCAAUGCUAAUCCCCUAUGUUUGCAGACUAUCCUUGUAGAUUUUCACGAGUUGGCAGAGAAGCUUAGCCUUGAUAUCUCAGACAAGGUCUUGGAUAAUAUCAAACAAUUACUUGUAGAUGAUUAUCGUAACCUUCUGGCGAAACAUAUUCGCAAGGCUAUCAGCUUUCCAACUGGACAUGGACUUCGAAUGUUGUUCGCUCGAUCAUGUAUUCAUGCCUACCUUGAGUCUGUCAAUCCCUCCAACGAGCAAGCCCGGACAUUCAUUUUCAAGAAGGAACUGGAUGAGCUGGAUGGAUUUGCGGCGGACCUCAUGCGUGUAUAUGGUGAGGUAGCAGAGAAACGUGUGCCAGCCAAGUUCGCUGAGUCGAGUGAUCUUCUUGAUGGCGAGACAUUCUAUUACUGAAGGAACAAUGGAUGGGGAUGUACUUAUGACAUUAUGGUUGUUUCAUGUAGCUAAUAACAUAGGAAUCUCUUCUGUCGCUUCAACAACUUUGAGCUAAGCAUUGGGUUGGCUUGCGAUGAAUAAUGGACGAGCUUGAUAGGAACAUGUGGGACAACCAGAGUAGACAGGUACUAGGUUAGCUAUGUGACGUAUCAGACGCAUUAAAUAGCAACUCUGUACAACGGCAAACUAAAAAUGAAAAAGAACCUUGUUGGCCAAAUAAUUAUUCGAUGCUA